GCCGCGGAAACUCCUGCACCUGGGACUGCCUGGUUCUUCUGAGGCAGGGCGAGAUGAGCAGCCCCCCGACGUACGCAGGGGUCCGGAUAUCGGGCUGCUGGGCCCUGGGGGCUGAAGGCAGCCACAGCAGUGCAGAAUCCCUGGACAGACUCUACCCCCCCGCAGCGCCCACGCGGCCGCCCCGGAAACGGACCACCAGCCAAUGCAAGUCCGAGCCCCCGCUGCUACGAACCAGCAAAAGGACUAUCUACACGGCCGGACGGCCGCCGUGGUACAACGAGCACGGGGCGCAGUCCAAAGAGGCCUUUGUCAUAGGUCUGGGCGGGGGCAGUGCCUCCGGAAAGACCACGGUGGCCAGGAUGAUCAUCGAAGCCCUGGACGUCCCAUGGGUGGUCCUGCUUUCCAUGGACUCCUUUUACAAGGUGCUCACCAAGCAGCAGCAGGAGCAGGCGGCCCACAACGACUUCAACUUCGACCACCCCGAUGCCUUUGACUUUGACUUGAUCAUUGCCACCCUAAAGAAGCUCAAGCAGGGCAAGAGCGUGAAGAUCCCCAUCUACGACUUCACCACCCACAGCCGGAAGAAGGAAUGGAAAACCCUCUAUGGCGCCAACGUGAUUAUCUUUGAAGGCAUCAUGGCAUUCGCGGACAAGGAGCUGCUGAAGCUCCUGGACCUGAAGAUCUUCGUUGACACGGACUCGGACAUCCGCCUGGUACGGCGCCUGCGCAGGGACAUCAGCGAGCGCGGCCGGGACAUCGAGGGUGUCAUCAAGCAGUACAACAAGUUCGUCAAGCCAGCCUUCGACCAGUACAUCCAGCCCACCCUGCGGCUGGCCGACAUCGUCGUGCCCAGAGGUAGUGGGAACACGGUGGCCAUCGACCUGAUCGUGCAGCAUGUCCACAGCCAGCUGGAGGAGAGGAAGCUGCGCUGGGAUAUGGCAGCGCUGGCUUCGGCCCACCAGUGCCACCCGCUCCCACGGACCCUCAGUGUGCUGAAGAGCACCCCGCAAGUGAGGGGCAUGCACACCAUCAUCAGGAACAAGGAGACCAGCCGAGACGAGUUCAUCUUCUACUCCAAGCGGCUGAUGAGGCUGCUGAUCGAGCACGCCCUGUCCUUCCUGCCUUUCCAGAGCUGCACCGUCCAGACCCCGCAGGGACAGGACUAUGAAGGACGGACCUUCAGUGGGAAGCAGAUCACAGGUGUGUCGAUCCUGAGAGCAGGGGAGACGAUGGAGCCGGCCCUGCGCGCUGUGUGCAAAGACGUCCGCAUCGGGACCAUCCUCAUCCAGACCAACUGCUACACUGGGGAGCCGGAGCUCCACUACCUGCGGCUGCCGAAGGACAUCAGUGAAGACCACGUGAUCCUCAUGGACUGCACAGUCUCUACCGGGGCGGCUGCCAUGAUGGCAGUGAGGGUCCUGCUGGAUCAUGACGUCCCAGAGGAUAAGAUCUUCCUCCUGUCCUUGCUGAUGGCCGAGAUGGGCGUCCACUCAGUGGCCUACGCCUUCCCCCAGGUGAAAAUCAUCACCACGGCCGUGGACAAGAAGGUGAACGACCUUUUCCGCAUCAUCCCAGGCAUCGGGAAUUUCGGAGAUCGCUACUUCGGGACCGACGCACCCCCCGACUGGAGUGAUGAUGAAGACACCCUUAGCACUUAGCACCCUGGCCCUCCGCCCCCAGGCAAUAGCCCCGGGGUGGCGAUAGGGCCGAGGCAGCUUGCACCUUAACCUCCCACUGGACAUUUGCAGAGAGAUUAUUCCCCCAACCCACCCCACAGCUUAUUUUUUGAACUCGUGCACUUCAGAGCUAGGGCCUAUUUUUGAACAGAAUCCAAGUCCCAGCUGACAGCACGUCCAGCCGGACCUUAGAGCGGAGUUAAUUUAUUUUAAUAUAAACGGUUGGCUACUUUAACUUAUUCCAGAUUUUCUAAAGAAAAAAAAAAAAA